AUAUCCCUCAGCGUGGCUCGCCCAAUGGAGGGCCCGGCCGCUCCGCCCCUUCCCUGCCCCCUGAGGAGAGCCCGCCCCUGCCCCGCGCCUGGGAGCGGAGGAGAGUAAAUACAACAGGAGCGCAAAAUGGCGGAACCGCCGAGCCUAGUGCACUGCGCCCCCGCCGCCGUCUCGGAGAAAGAACCGUUUUCCAAGCUGCAGCCCCCCUCCCGGGACCCGCCGGGUCCUCUGUCCGCCAAGAAGAUCCGGACUGAGGAGAAGAAGACGCCGCGGAGACUGAACGGAGAAGGAGGCAGCGGCGGCAACAGCAGGCAGCUUCAGUCUUCCGCGGCACCUUCGCCUCAGAGCUAUGGCAGCCCUGGGUCUUGGAGCUUCGCCGCUCUGUCUGCUGCCCCUUCCCCGUCCUCUGCUCGGAGCAAUUUCUCUUUCUCCGCUGGCACGGCCGUCCCCUCCUCAGCCUCUGCUUCCUCGUCCCAGCCGGUGCCGCGCAAACUGCUGGUCCCUCCUACGCUGCUGCACGCUCAGCCUCACCAUCUCCUGCUGCCGGCCGCCGCCUCCUCCGCCAACGCCAAGCCGCGCAGACCCAAGGAGAAGCGAGAGAAGGAAAGGAGGAGGCACGGCCUCGGAGGGGCGGGCGAGGCCGGCGGGGCAGCCCGCGAGGAGAACGGGGAGAUGAAGCCGGUGCCGAGAGAUAAAAUCAAAGACAAAAUUAAAGAAAGAGAUAAAGAAAAGGAGAGAGAAAAAAAGAAGCAUAAAGUAAUGAAUGAGAUCAAGAAAGAAAAUGGAGAAGUAAAGAUUUUGCUGAAAAGUGGGAAGGAGAAACCAAAAACAAGUGUGGAAGACUUACAAAUUAAGAAGGCAAAGAAGAAGAAGAAAAAGAAACACAAAGAGAAUGAAAAACGGAAGCGUCCAAAAAUGUAUAGCAAAUCUAUUCAAACCAUCUGCUCAGGAUUGCUGUCUGAUGUUGAAGAUCAAGAAGCCAAAGGCAUCCUAAAUGAUAACAUAAAGGAUUACAGUGGAAAGAAUUUGGAUACCAAGAACUAUGAUUCCAAAAUUCCAGAGAACAGUGAGUUUCCAUUUGUCUCAUUAAAGGAGCCACGGGUUCAGAACAACCUCAAAAGGUUGGACACUUUGGAGUUCAAACAGCUCAUUCAUAUUGAGCACCAGCCUAAUGGAGGUGCAUCAGUUAUCCACGCCUACAGCAAUGAACUCUCCCACCUGUCUCCUGUGGAGAUGGAGAGGUUUGCAGAAGAGUUUGUGGGUCUGGUGUUCAGUGAAAACGAGAACUCUGCAGCUUUCUAUGUAAUGGGUAUUGUUCAUGGGGCAGCUACUUAUUUACCUGAUUUUUUAGACUACUUUUCAUUUAAUUUUCCCAAUUCACCAGUGAAAAUGGAGAUAUUGGGAAAGAAGGAUAUAGAGACAACAACUAUGUCCAAUUUUCAUGCUCAGGUAAAAAGAACGUAUUCUCACGGUACUUACAGAGCUGGCCCAAUGCGACAAAUCAGCUUGGUGGGAGCAGUAGAUGAAGAAGUGGGAGAUUACUUCCCUGAGUUCCUUGACAUGUUGGAAGAUUCACCAUUUUUAAAAUGUACACUGCCAUGGGGGACACUAUCUAGUCUAAAAUUAGAGAGUCGAAAAGAUAGUGAUGAUGGUCCCAUCAUGUGGGUACGCCCGGGAGAACAAAUGAUCCCUGUGGCUGAUAUGCCAAAGUCACCUUUCAAAAGGAAAAGAACUACCAAUGAGAUAAAAAACCUGCAGUACCUACCUCGAACUAGUGAGCCUCGUGAGAUGCUCUUUGAAGACAGAACAAGAGCUCAUGCAGAUCAUAUAGGACAAGGUUUUGAACGACAGACUACAGCUGCUGUUGGAGUGUUGAAGGCUGUGCACUGUGGAGAGUGGCCUGAUCAACCCCGAAUAACCAAAGAUGUAAUUUGUUUUCAUGCUGAAGAUUUCUUAGAAGUAGUUCAACGAAUGCAGUUAGAUUUACAUGAACCUCCACUGUCCCAGUGUGUCCAGUGGGUUGAUGAUGCAAAACUUAAUCAACUGAGGAGGGAAGGCAUUCGCUAUGCCAGGAUUCAGCUGUAUGAUAAUGACAUUUAUUUUAUUCCAAGGAAUGUUGUUCAUCAGUUCAAGACAGUUUCAGCUGUAUGCAGUUUAGCAUGGCAUGUUCGUCUCAAGUUAUAUCACUCAGAGGAGGACACUGCUCAGAAUACAGUUACUCAUGAAACAUGCACAUCACCAGAUUCCACAUCAUCAGUUCUUGGACCUCACACUGACAACAUGAUUUGUGCUGUAAGCAAAACCUCCUUGGAUUCUGUUUUUUCAGACAGACUUCAUUCUAAAUAUGAAUUACAGCAGAUUAAACAUGAACCUAUUGCAACUGUAAGAAUCAAGGAAGAACCUGUGAAUGUUUAUAUUCCUGAAAAGACUGGAGCACCAAAUAAUAUGGAUGGCAAGAAUGUUAAAGCAAAAUUGGAUCAUGUUCAAUUUACAGAAUUUAAGAUUGAUGUGGACUCUAAAUUUGAAAAUAGCAACAAAGAUUUAAAGGAAGAAAUGUGUCCUGGAAGUCUCAUAAGCCUAGUUGAUACAAGGCAACAUAGUUCAACACAUUCAAAUCAAGAGAGAAAAGAUGAUAACAUUUUGUGCUAAAUUUGUAUAUACCAUUUAAAAUUGUUUUUUUCUUAAACUUAAUAAUGUAAUAAAGAUUCGUGAAUUCUGAAAGCAA